CUCGGAUCCAACAUGGUGGUGGAGCUCAAUGUAUGGGACCCAGUGCAGUACAACCAUGCUGCGGGGUUUGUCGCUCGAGAGUUUGGCCAGAGCCUCCUGGAGCUGCUAUGUCCUCAGUCAAGCGACGUCAUCCUGGAUCUGGGGUGUGGAGACGGCGUCCUCACCGCUCAGAUCGCGGCGACAGGAGCUUCUGUUGUAGGAGUGGAUUCAAGUGCAGCCAUGGUAUCUCAUGCGCGAGAGCAUUUUGGUCUGGAUGCGCACGUCAUGGAUGGCCAAGCGCUGACAUUCCCCAACGACGAAUUCGUCAUUGUGUUUUCGAACGCUGCGUUGCAUUGGAUGCCGUACGCCGACGGUAUUCUAAGCGGGGUGGCGGCGACGCUGAAGCCCGGGGGACGUUUCGUCGUGGAGUGCGGAGGGUUUGGCAACAUCGCGUCCAUCGUCACGGCCGUCGUCGCCGUGUUGGCGCGGCAUGGCAUCGACGGCCGACCCAAAAUCCCAUGGACCUUUCGAACUACGAGAGAGUGGGAAGAGCACUUGACCAAGGCCGGCUUCCGCGUCAAGUCGAUGGUGAGUUAUUCGCGGCAGCCAGUGUUGCCCGACGGGAUUGUGGGGUGGCUCAAGACAUUUGGAGACAACUUCUUCGACGACGUGCCGUUGGACAUGCGAGACAGUGUCAUGCACGAGGUCCAAGACGUGCUGAAAUGGAGUUUGUGCGAUGGUCAUGAAGUAUGGCGGGCAGACUACAUCCGGGUGCGAUUUGAAGCCAUCAAGGACGCGUGACAGACACCAAGCGUGGCUUGCUGCCAAUAGGGUAUUGUUUUCAUGCCCUCAAUAUACCGUAUAGUGUAUAUGUAU